AAACGAAGUAGCAGCAAGCAGCAGCAGUCAGCCAGAAGAAUUUUCAUCCGCGUUCUAAUUUUCGGUGCAAAUUCGAGGAAAAAUCUUCGGAAUCGGUGCGGAAAAGAGCUCACCUAUCGCGUCGGGAAGUUGUCCUUUGCCGGGAGUUGUGCGGUUCCGGAAAUCGGUGCGUGUGGCGGUGGAAAAGAUUGUGUCUCUUUGGUUAAUUUCUUACGGGGAAUGGUCGUCAUCAAAAGUGAUCGAUAUCAGUGCUGAUUGGAAUUGGAAUAAACAGAAGGAGGGUGUUUGCGAAUUGGAGGAAAAAUUGCGUAGCUUCGGGAAGAGCAAGAAUAUUCGUGUGUAAUCGAAAGUGAAGGCGUUUCAAGCUCGCCAACAUGAUAAAUCUCAAAGUGAAGACGUUGGACUCGCAGAAUCAUGACUUCAGCGUGGAGGAUGAUAUUACCGUUCGCCAAUUCAAGGAACAGAUCGCCGAGAAGAUCAACGUUUCCGUGGACAUGCAGCGUCUGAUCUACUGUGGACGUGUGCUGAGUGACGACAAAGCCCUGAAAGAGUACGAUGUCAACGGAAAGGUGGUGCACUUGGUCCAGAGGGCUCCUCCCUCGGCGCGGGGCAGCAGCACUAGCGGUGGAAGUUCCAGUUUGGGGGAUGACGGUAACCGUGCCUCGGCUAGACGAUCUCGGAGCAGUGAUAACGCUGCACGGCCGCAAAUCUUCCGCGGUCUGGACGAUUUCAACACAAUGUACUUCGGGUCGAUGACGUCCAUUCCGUUGAAUGUUAAUGCAACUACUCCUCCGCAACUCCCAUCCGUCAGUCCUUCGUCGACAUUGUGCAUGAAUCGCAUCACCGUCGCUCGGCACAUGCUUCAGUGCGUUGACAACAUCAUUACCUAUUUGGAAUCACCUGAACGUGGACUGAACAACACCGCAAUGGAUAUUCUUUCGCAGCAGACCAUGGAGAGCACCGUUUUCGAAGUCGGUAUCAGUGCCGUCGGGGACGUGGACAUUCCGCACAACCAGAUGCAGAACUUUGUUCAAGCGUUCCAAGGUGCGGUUUCGGCUGCGUUUCGGCAGAAUGGAAUAUCCAACGUUACCGUACAGCAGCCGGACACGCUGAAUCCUUCGGUGCAAGUAUUUGGCACGAUUCCCGAUUCGGCAAUCAUCACACCACCGAAUACCAGUGCUACGGCCACACCGGCGCAGGAGAGCUCCGGAGCACCCUCUGGAAGCUCUUCCACCUCUUCUAGCACUUCGGAAUCCAGUGCAGAUUCGAGGCGACAAGCUCGUCCAGGUUCGUCGCGCAAUCAAACCACCAGCACGCAAACUCUUGCCGAAGUGGUCCAACAGAUGCGAGGCGUUCAACGGCGGAUGGAACCGUUCUUACAGCAAUACUUUGAUAUAUUGCAGAAUGAUCCCACUUUCGAGGAAUCGGACACUGCCGGCCGCGAAAGUGCCCAGCGUAUUUUUGAUCGCAUAUCCGAGGCGCUGCAUUACAUGUCCCACGCCCAGCAUGCUAUCAGCGACUUGAUGCUGGAUCUGCAAACUGCGACUCCCCGUCACCUGUGUUGUCGGCCAAUGCUGGUCGAGCAGUCGGCUUUCGUAAGUUCUGGCAUUGCUGCUGUUCCUAAUAACAUCAAUCUGGCUAAUUUGCUUCGUGCGACCAACAACAACAAUAACACCGACAUGGGCAACAACAACAUCAACGCCCAGAUCAUCAAUUUGCAAAUACCGGGACUGACUGGAGCGACUCCCAAUGGGCCAAUGAAUAUCCCAUUGCUGGAUCUCGUUGGCCAGCAAAACAGACCGACGGGGGCUUCUGGUCCAACCUCGGGUAUUGGAACAACUCCAACGACGAACGCCAAUGGACCGGGUGCUGGUUCAACUCCGCCGACAAACCAACAACAAGGUCAGUCUGCUAGAAACGUGAACAACCUUCCAGAUGAUGUCGUGACUCGUGUCUAUAUUCCACUUUACCAUCCUUCGAGCAUACCACGUAUGCGGAACAUAAUUCAAACAAUGGGAGCACCACCGCCAAGAGAUGGUUCCGCUGCGAGAGCUGCCAAUCCUCCUCAAAGCAGCAGUGCCACAACGGCCAAUGCCAACAGCCACGCUGCUGACGACCCUCAAUCACAGCAGCAGCAGCAGCAGACUGCUUCCCCGUCGUCCUCGACUACCAACUCCCGAACGACCAGUGAGUCCGACUCGAUUAGCUCGAGUUCCCCUGAACGAUUGUCGAACUCCAACAAUGCCCAAAUGCAGGUGGCACGUUUGAUCCAGGCGGUCGUCAAUGCUGCUCCGAUUCACGCCGAUAUCCAUGUACAAAUUAACGCUGGCGGAAACCCACCCGGAUCUUCGGCACCGAGCACUCCUGGCACUGGCAGCACUACAACCAGCAACAGCAACGGAGGUCCUCAAGCCAAUCCUACGAUGACCAACAAUACUUCGACCAACACCAACAGCGGUAGCAAUGAUAAUGGGUCCCAAUCCCGCUUCGCCACUGUGACUCUUCCGACGACCUCCACGCAAACCCGUUCCACUUCUAGACCGCAUGUGCACAGCAUCCCACCGGCGCAUAUCCGGAAUGUUCGUCCCAUUCCGGCCAACUUGCUGUCCUCGUUCGAUAGGUUCUUACCGUGCAACAGUCAUCACAUUCGUGACAUUACAGACCGUGCUGCUUCUGAUUCUGCUACGCCGCGCAAUGCCACUUCCGUUAACAAUGCCAGUAGCAAUAAUAGCAGCAGUGGAUCGACACCUACGCCAGCUACUAGUCAACCAAGUGCGCCUCCAUCGGAAUCACUGUCGUCGCUACCGUUCAAUUUCUUCGGUAGUCAGUUCACGUUAGCCGACUUUGAACACAUUGCGCCGAACCCUAAUACCCUAAAUCGUAUACGCGAUUCUCUGCAAGCGUACGUUGUCGAAACCCUGUUUAGCGGUCAGUCUAUCAGCGAAAACACCAUGCAGGAGGCAAUGUCCGUACUGAUACAACGUCUCGAGCCAAUCCUGUCCCGUGUGUCGAGUUACGACCUUCCAGACUACGACACUCGUGCAUCCAUUGAAAACCUCAUCCGUAGCUCCGUUCCGUUCUGUAUCAACCUGAUACGGGAGGACACCUCGCAGCAAUUUGGCGUUCGUUUGCUGCGUUUCCUGAUCACUUUCGUCCGUCGUUUCUUCAUGAUUCUGGUCACAGGAAUUGGCGCAAAUAAUGCGCAAUCCUUCUCCGGGGAACUGCUGAAUAUGGCCAUUUUCAGCACGCAGGAUGGUGCCACCGUAAAUCCGGCACUGCUGCAGCUCUUCCUGCCCGCAAUCCAUCGACAGUUGGAAAGGUCGGGUCAAGACGAUCGAACGGACAUCCAAGAAUUUCUGGUCAUCCGCAGGCCCGCACCCGGACAGAGUCAAACUGGAUCUGCUGAACGAGCACCAAGUCCUAUGGACGUGGAUGAUGCCGAAUCAACAACUACCCCUGAAUUGGUAUCGGACAUUGCUGAAAUAUCAAUAUCCAUCGAACCACCGAUUGUCAACUUGGAUCAGUGUACAGCGAUUGUGAUCUCCGCCGCUCCCGUAUCAGCGUCAACGCCCAACGCAUCACAGGUAUCCGCCCCAACAGCCACUUCCGAUGUGGAUAACGGCGAGGACGUCACAAUGUCGAUUCCCGUUGCCGUAGUCAAUCCACAAGUGCCGCCUCCGCUAGCGCAAAAGGACGACGAAGAGGAACUACCCUCGGUGGUAGUCGGAUCAGAACAGUGGCAUUCACAUUUGCCACCCUCGUGGCUACCAGUGAUAACGCGGGACAUUACCCGGCAACGACGACAGAUCCCUCAGGGUCCAUACUCAGACGCCUACAUCUCAGGCAUGUCGUCCAAGCGACGCAAGCUGAUAGCGGAAACCAAACCAUCGACAGAUGUUCCUUCGCUAAUCUCGGACGGAGUUCGGCAAGCUUUCCACAGUACCGGUAUCAAUCCGGCCAGCGCCAGCAGUAGCAAUUCGAACAUGGGUUCUAGCAACCUCGGAGUGGAAGACCUGGCCCGCACGAUAUCCGACGACGCCGCCCUGCAGAGCUCCUACUGCGAAACAAUGAAGGCCAGUAUACGGGAACGUUUAUCCAAGGAUCCAGACUAUGACGCAAAACGGUUCCCCAAUUGUUCGAAAUACUUCGAAAAAUAGUUUUCCGCUAAUGCUUUGGAAGGGUAAGAACAUUCGGUGUUGAUGCUUGUGGUUUUAUGUGCUGAUGAGGCGAAGAAAAUUCACGUGGCACGAUAGUUGUAUUGAUAUGGGAGAAUGAGAGAUUACGAGUGAAAGGGUCAUCUGCUGAUAAAUAAUUGAGUGUAGUCUUGUCCUACUGUCAUGCUUUACAACCGAUAUGGACAUUUAGCACAUAGAUGCUUCAGAUGUUUAGAUAUUUAAAUAACAAAACAAAUUGAUUAUCACUGAGAAAUAAAGCAACUUCAACAAGGACUGAAGGAUUCAGUCUGUGUCUAUCCUCUGAGUACGUAACUGGAAACCAUUCGAUACAACUAGAGUUGAAAAUGUUGUUUGAUACAUAUUAUUUUUUGUGUAUACUGAUAUUGCGUUAUUACAGCAAAUAAAAAAAAAAGAUUAAAUCCACAAACGUUUUGUUAGGUUUUAUUAGGACAACUUACUUUCAAACCAAAACUAAUCAAAUGAGCUCUUGUAUAAUAGAUGGUGAAUGAAUGAAUUGUCUUUAUUUUUGAGACUUUCAGCCCUAAUAGAUGGUUUUAGUUUCGGUUUCGAAGCAAUUCUAAUUUUCCCCUCCAAUCAAUUUAUAUAAUUUUUACUAAACUCCAUCUAGAAACAGUGCACUAUGUGUUACUAUGGUAGACUUUAUGGCAGUUUUGGUUUGAAUCAGAAUAUACAAUUGACUAGAAUUGAAUAAACAAUUUGUAAAUAAAAAUAUAUAAUUUCUUUUUCCAAAAACAA